AUGAGUCGAACUGACGAAGAGAACCCUGGGGUCCAGGCUGGACGGAGCCGGGACUCUUCUAUGGAUGUUGAGAAGCUCGGUCGUCAACGACCUGAAGUGUUUAAGUCUAUAUGGGCCGAACUAGGUUUUGGUUUCUCUGUAUUUUGUUCCAUGUUAAUGGCUGAAUUCUUCGUCAGUGGAUUUCAUGUUAUCCUUCCACCAUUAGCCGAAGAACUCAAUAUCCCAUCUGCUUCACAAACAUGGCCUUCGAGUGUUUUCUCUCUUAUAACAGGAGCAAUGCUUCUACCAAUGGGCCGCCUGAGCGAUAUGUACGGCGGAUACAUCGUCUUUAAUGGUGGUCUCCUGUGGUUUAUGCUCUGGGCACUCGUUGCGGGAUUCAGCAAGAACUACAUGAUGCUUAUUUUCUGCCGAGCUCUUCAAGGCUUUGGACCUGCUGCAUACCUUCCUGGUGGUGUUAUGCUGAUGGGCAAAUUCUAUCGUCCAGGACCUCGAAAGAAUCUCAUCUUUGCUUUAUACGGGGCCUUUGCACCCCUGGGGUUCUUCUUUGGUAUCUUCGUUGCAGGUCUAACAGCAGAGUAUCUUGACUGGCGCUGGUACUUUUGGAUCGGCACUAUCGUAUUUGCCGUUGUAUCCACCGUCUCCCUUCUCGCUGUCCCUUUCGACUUCCGCGAUAGAAAGACUGAUAUCCCCAUGGAUUGGUGGGGGGUCGGAACUAUUGUCCCUGGUCUUCUCCUUAUUGUCUACUCUCUGACAGAUAGUUCACAUGCCCCCCACGGCUGGGCUACACCUUACAUCAUCGUCACACUUAUCCUUGGAGUUAUGUUCCUAGCCAGCGCAUGGUACGUCGAAACGCAUAAAGCCCGAGUUCCUCUAUUGCCCGCCGACCUCUUUGCCCCCAAGGGGAUGAAUCGUCUGCUGGCCGUGCUCUUCAUGGCCUUCGGCACCUUUGGCCUCUUCCUCUUCUAUUCUAGCUUCUACAUGGAGUUGGUAUUGCACAGGUCACCACUGAUAACUGCGGUCUGGUACAUCCCUAUGUGCGUUGGUGGUCUCAUCAUUGGCACCGUUGGAGGCUUCACACUGCACUUCCUACCAGGACGAGUGUUACUUUUCAUCUCGUCACUGGCUAAUGCGAUUACCAUGUUGCUGUUUGCCCUUAUGCCUGAGAAUCCCAACUAUUGGGCCUGGGUUUUCCCGGCAAUGGUUUGUUGUACCAUCGGCAUCGACAUCACCUUCACAGUCAGCAAUAUCUUCCUGACCACCAACAUGCCAAGCCAUAGACAGGGGCUCGCGGGAGCUCUAAUCAACAGUGUUCUCUUCCUGGGAAUCAGUUUCUUCCUCGGUAUUGCAGACAUUGCGGUUGCAGAAACGGCGAAUCUGGGACUUCGAAAAAGCUACAAGGUGGCAUUCUGGCUGGCUUUUGGCGUGGCAUCGAUUCCGUUGCUUUUCAUCCCGUUCAUCCAGAUUGGGUCCGCUAAGAGCGAGCUUACAAUGGAUGAGCGGCAGAGAUUGGAGAAUCCACCAUCUGUAGGAGAAUCGGAGGCAGAGCAGGAGGCAGAAACACAAGCACAACCGCAGGAGCCGAAGACUUGA